AUGAAGCUCACCAGCUCCGCCCAUUACUCUCUUUUUCUUCUAUCAUCAAUCCUCGGAUUAUCUAGCGCAUCCGAUUCCUCUCAUUUGAAAGAUGAUAGUCCAUGUGUUGCCCGCUCCCCGACGACCGGAUUGUACUUCGAUCUCAAUGCGAUCUCAUUAUCCCCGCCCGAACUAAAGGACGGCAAUAAACUCUUGAAAAAUGCGCGGAAUGAAAGCUGGUUUGCCAGAGGCCACGACUACCCGGCGAACUUUACAAUCAAUAUCUGCGCGCCAGUCAUUGAGAAUGUGACGGACGUGGUCGGGGUUGAGGCAUCGCGGUGGAAGAACGUCAGCGCAUAUUACGAGCGGGAUAAUAAAGUGUAUUCCAUAGGAGAACAAGCUUCCGAGCCUUUCUUCCGUGGCCGCAAACUCGUCCUAAAUUAUACAAACGGUUCGCCCUGCAUGGACGACUAUAACACUGCCAAUUCAAAUGUUUCCGUCCGCACUAAGUCGACCAUUAUGUCUUUCCUUUGCGACCGCGAUGCUUCGCUCAAUAUGGUCACCCCUUCCUUCGUUGGCUCCAUGGAUUCAUGCACGUACUUCUUUGAAAUCCGCAGCUCGGCGGCAUGUGGUGGAAUUGCCCUGGAUCCCCAGGGCGGUGGUCUGGGACCGGGCGGCGUAUUCGGUGUGAUUAUGCUCAUCGCCGUGGCGGUGUAUUUGAUUGGCGGCUGCGCCUAUCAGCGAACAGUCAUGCAUCAGCGUGGCUGGCGCCAGUGCCCGAACUUCAGCCUGUGGGCUGGUGUGUUCGACUUUGUCAAAUUGAUUACGGUUACGAGCCUCGUUUUUGGGAACAUGGCGCUGACCACUUCUUUCUUUCUACCCCAACAGGACAUGGUCGUGAUCAUCCUUUCCUCGCUUGGAAACCUUCUGAAUUGCAAGAAGUCCCCCUCGACCAGUGGCUACGUCCGCGCGGACUCGGGUGGUCAGGGUGGUCUCAUUGGCGCUAUGGGGGGACGAGGAGGACGCAGUCAGGGUGGACGCGACGUCGAUGCCGAGAACAGGCUAAUAGAUCAACUGGAUGAAGAGUGGGAUGACUAA